AUGACCAGUGGCGCGGCGGCCUGCGCUAGCGAUGCGCGGCUGCUGCCGGGCCUGGACGUGCUGCGGCCCGCGCCCGCGCUGCUGGCCCCCGCCGUGCUGCUGGGCGCCGCUCUGGGCCUCGGCCUCGGUCUAUGGCUCGGCUGCCGCGCGGGCCGCCUGCGCCUGCGACACCAGAAAGAUGACACUCAGCGUCUGUUAAAGAACUUGGAGCCUCACGCACUGAGCCCCACGGAGACCGGCUCCCCAUCCAGGAGGAGGAAGAGAGACCUGCUGCCCUCGAGGGACGCAGAGGCCCCGGAGGAAGAUGAACCAUCUUUCAACAGCAACAUCACAGCAUUUGCCAUGAAGGCCAAAGUCAUCUACCCCAUCAAUCAGAAGUUCCGGCCCCUGGCCGAUGGCUCCUCCAACCCGUCCCUGCACGAGCACCUGAAGCAGGCGGUCCUGCCGCACCAGCCCGUGGAGGCCUCCCCGGCCAGCAGCCUGGGCAGCCUGAGCCAGGCCGAGAAGGACAACGGCAGCUCCUCGUCCAGCAUCCCCUCGGCCGCCAGCGAGGACAGGUUCCUCGGCCGCACCUUCCUGCGGGUGAGCAGCUUCCUGGAGGUGCUGGCCUGCGAGAGUGCAGACAUUGACCUGUGUGUCUACAGCCUUCACUUAAAAGACCUGCGGAGUUUGGACAUGGCGCUGAGGCAGGAGAAGCACAUGAUGUUUAUUCAGGUUUUUAAAAUGUGCCUCCUGGACCUUCUUCCUAAGAAAAAGGCUGAUGAUGAAUUAUAUCAGAAGAUUCUGUCAAAACAAGAAGAGGAUUUGGCGGAAUUGGAGAAGGCACUUCGGGCCAAGCUGUCAAGCACAGAGACACUGGGCACCGGUGCCUCUGGGUACGCCACCCUGGCAGACGUGGAGAGGAAGGAGAGGGAGCAUGGGGAGCAGCUCCUGGGUGACAUGGAAGCUUUCUGGAAACAGAUGGAAAACAUCCAGCACUUUCUUGUGGACCAAUUUAAAUGUUCCAGCUCCAAAGUGCGGCAGCUCAUGAUGACUCUGACAGAAAGGAUGAUUGCAGCUGAAGGGCUCUUGUGCGAGUCUCAGGAUCUGCAGGCGCUGGACGCCCUGCAGAGAGCCAUGGGCCGGGUGCACAUGGCAAAAAUGAUCCAGUUCCUGAGGAUGCAGGUCCAGGAGGAGGCCAAGUGCCGGCUGGCCGCCAUCUCCCGCGGCCUGGAGCUGCUGAGCAUCCAGGGGAAGCUGUCCGGGCGGCAGAAGGAGGAGCUGCUGACCCGGCAGCACAAGGCCUUCUGGGAGGAGGCAGAGAGCUUCAGCAGGGAGUCUAUCCAGAGAGCCAAAGAGCUGGUCAAGGAGUCCCUGGCUCACCAGGCGGAGAGGACAGCAGUGCUCACGCUGGCUCAGGAAGAGGAGCGGAGGAGCUUCCUGGCUGAUUCCCGCCUGAACUCCGACCCCCAGGAGUUUCUCAAGGCUUUCCACAGGGUCCUGGAGAGGCAGAGGCUGAUGCGGAGUGACCUGGAGGAGGAGGAGGAGCUCAGAACCACAGAGGCCAUGGUCGCCCUCUGCCAGGAGCUGUACCGUGGCACCAUGGGCACUUUCCAGGAGUGCGUGGACACCCUGUUCCUGCAGACGCUGAGCGCACGCGGCCUGCCCAGGGCGGAGUGUGAGGCCCUGCGGCAGGAGGUGCAGGAGGACGCAGCGCGGCGGCUGGGCAGGUCCGAUCGCUUCCGGCGGCGGCAGUGGGGACUCCUGCAGGACCUCCUGGAGCGAGACCAGCAGGUGUGGAUGGAGGAGUGCGCGCUGUCCACGGUGCUGCAGACCCAGCUGCGGGACGACCACCAGAGCACCUUGCGGGGAGUCUUGGACCGCCUGGGCGGCCUCAGUGAAGAGUCCACGCGGGGCAUCCUGCAGGGCCACGAGCUGCUCCUGUGCUCCACCCUCCGGAGGCUGGCUCUCCGCGCCGGCGCCAUGGCCACCCUGGCCCAGAUGAGGCUGUCUGGGAAGAAGAACCUCCUGCAGGAGCUGCGGGAGCAGCAGGCGCUGGAGCAGGGCUCCUCCCACUGUCGGGACGGGCACCAGUGGCAGCUGCUCCAGGCCCUGGAGGCGCGUGUCCUGGAGGAGGCCGGCCGGCUGGAGGAGGAGGCACAGCAGACACGGCUGCAGCUCCAUCAGCAGCUGCUGGCCGAGGCCCAGGAAGCCGGGCAGCUCCUGCAGCGGCACUCGGAGCGGGCCCUCGGGCAGGCGCUGCUGGGGCACGCGAGGAAUGCGGCCACCAAGAGCCGGGCCAAGGACAGGGAGGAGCUCAGGAAGACGCUGGUGGAGACAGUGGUGGAGAGCGUCCACGUGACCAGCGCCAGCGUGGGCCACCUGGUGCAGGCCUAUUACCAGCAGGUGGGGAGGGUCAUGCAGGACCACGAGGAGAGGAAGCUGCAGCUCCUGAAGACCCUGCAGGGUGACAGAAUUGACGGCUACAAGCUGUGGAGAAAGCAAGAACUCGGCGACCCUGGACCCAGGAGCCACACAGCAGGCGCAGCUCCCGGAACCUCCCCAGCUGUCCACCAGAGGCUGCGGUCGCGGCAGAGGCGGUUCCUGGCCCAGCUGUCCACGCCCCAGCAGCUCCGCCUGGACGCGCAGAGGCAGAAGGCCAGGGCUCUGGACCAGCUGGAGGCCCAGCUGGAGGCGCAGCUGCAGGACGCGGAGCAGAGCUUCAUCUCUGAGCUGGCGGCCUUGGCCCGAGUGCCCCUUGCUGAGAACAAACCGCUCUCCAGGAAGCGCGGGCCGCCGGAGAAGCCUCUACGGACCAAAAGGAAGAAGCCUCUGCCUCAGGAGAGGGGGGACCCGGGGCUGCCCAGCGAUGGCGACCCUGCCUCAGGGGACCACGCCUCCGGAUCGCUCAGCCCAAGGCCGGGCCAGCAAGAAAGCGAGGCUGGUGACGGCGAGGACGCAAGGAGGCUGCUGAAGAGGAGGAGCAACCUGUAGUUGGAGGCAGCCCGCGGGCCUGGGCCUGGGCGUGCAGGGCCCACCCCCCACCACAGCCUGGGGACAUGGCCAUGCUGGGAGAGGACAGAGGAGGGUGCAGGCCUGCCCCCGACGGCCACACCUGAGAGGCCGGGGCCAGCCUCGGAGCACUCUUAGCCCGGGUGCCAACCCAUUCAACCCCUGCCCUGGGCGACCUCCCGAGGGUCACCCUGCCCUGGCCUUCUGUACCCAGCUCUACCCCAUGUCCAGAGGCUGCCAUAAGCUGAGCUCACCUGGGUACAGCCCUGGGCUCUGCUCCCCAGCUUCUCUGCCCCGUGCUGCCAGGUAGGGUCUCAGGCUUGCUGUGUUUCCUAGACCCAAGGUCACUGUCCCUGAUCCUCCACUCCCCCAGCCUACCCUUGGCUGCCACGGUAUUCCCAUCAGGAUCACUGAUGGGUAUUUUUGUCCAGCUCAGCACUGAGAACUGGUCAGCAAGGCAGAGCCUGAGUCUUGGACCAACGCCACCAUGCAGGCUGCUUCAGUCAGCUUUCCACUGCUGUGACUAAGGCACCUGCCAGAACAACUAGAUGGGAGGAAAAGUUCGUUUAAGGCGCUAGAUACAAAGUGUAUACCCCAAAGGCACCCCCCAGGGACCACCUCCUCCAGCCACCCCCCGCCAUCAAUUAGCACUCAGUCCCAUCGGGUGAUUACUUCACUGAUGUGGUUAAGACUCACCGCCCGGUCACUUCUCCUCCGAACCUCCUUGCAUUGUCUCACACGGGAGCUUCCGGGGCACCUCACAUCCAAACCAUAACACAGACCAUGGAGUCCUGGUCCCUAGUCCUGUCCUGACCCACCUGGGCCCAGUGACCCACAGACGCAUGUCCACCACAGCAGGCCUCUUCUUCAGAGCACAGGGAAGCACACAGUAGGAGGCCGUGCCCAGCCCGGGCUUCACGGGGGAGGGCGAGUCCUUCUACCAGACAGAGCCCCUCCAAGAAGUGUCGCUGGGGGCACCUGCCUCUCCUGAUGGAUGGUAAGAACUUCCAGAAGCUUCCAGACCAGCCACAUGUACACCACCACCAGGGGAGGCCCUUCCCUCCCAGAGAGAAGGCUGCUCUUGGGAGAUUCCCGCCUCAGCACUGUGGAGACUGGUGAGAUCAUCCCUUGGAAGAUGGGGUCACUUAUCUCAGACCCGAACCAAAACCAGGGUGCCUGGGGGCAUGAGCUCCUGCUGGCCCAUCAAGGGAGAGCUGUCCGUCACAGGCUGUGCAGCAGGAGCCCGGGGGUACUCAGUGCUACCGACCAACAACCAGCUCGCUGGGAGCCUCUGUGACUGAAGAACUUGGUUCUCAAAUGGCGCCCAUGAGCUCCACCUGUUCAAAGCUCCCAGGACCUUGGCCUCCCUGGGUGUGUCUGUGACCUUCCUAACAGGUGCACCCCAGAUCUCAGUCCUGAGUAAACCCAUGGAUGUGGA